AGCGCCGCGGGCGCCUGCGCAGUGGGGAGGGCCGCGCUCGCGCGCAGGGCUUCGACAGAUCCUUCCGAGCGUGGUAGCGGCUGCUCGACCGCGGCCGGCCGCACCAUGGCGGAGGAGGAGCUGGAGGCGCUGAGGAGGCAGAGGAUGGCGGAGCUGCAGGCGAAGCACGGGGAACCUGCUGAUGCUGCACAACAGGAAGCAAAGCACAGGGAAGCAGAAAUGAGAAACAGCAUCUUAGCCCAAGUUCUGGAUCAGUCAGCUCGGGCCCGCUUAAGUAACUUAGCACUUGUAAAGCCUGAAAAAACUAAAGCAGUGGAGAAUUACCUUAUACAGAUGGCAAGAUAUGGACAGCUCGGUGGGAAGGUAUCAGAACAAGGUUUAAUAGAAAUCCUUGAAAAAGUAAGCCAACAAACAGAAAAGAAAACCACAGUUAAAUUCAACAGAAGAAAAGUAAUGGACUCUGAUGAAGAUGACGAUUAUUGAAUUUACAGUGUUUAUAGAGACUGGAA